GCACCUGAGAUUGACAGUAUGUGCAUACGUCAAAUAUAAACGUCAUAAUCAGAUCGUGCAAGUUUGCGAAAAUAGUGGUUCUGGUUUUGUAAUUUUCGUGUCUAGUCUAGUGUUUUCUAGAAAAAUGUCGAAAGUAACUUUCAAGAUCACGCUAACUUCUGACCCAAAACUGCCGUUCAAAGUAUGCUGAUUGGUGCAGGUCUCUACGUUGAAGUUACACGGGUUUAAAAUGGAUACAGCUAUAGUUCAACAGUUUCUGAGCUUCUUCCAAGACUAUAUAAACUUGUGUCAGUCAGAUAACUGGCCUGACAAUGACACAACAGUGACUGAAUUAAGAAAUGCUUUUUUAAUAUCACAACAUGUUGAAAAGUGUCUUGAUAAACUGCAGAAGCGUAACAUUAUCAGUGAAUUUUUAAGUGUUUUAAAUAGUUAUGAUGAGACAUCUAACAGUCUCCUUAAGAAUUGUCUAACUGACCCACCAAAAUACAUUUUGAAGAAAAUCAUUAACUCCAACACAAAAAUAGAUCAAAUGGACGCUGGUUUUAAGUUAUUCCUUGAGAUAUUCUCUGAGGAAAAAUUAGAAAACUGCUUAACUGAAUUAAUGUUAGAAGUAGCUUCGAAGGAAACUCUCUUGAAAAAUGUCUCACGUAACAUACCAAAGGAUAAACUACUUGAAUUCAAAUGUAAAGUCAUGUUAUCUGAACUAAAUGCUUGUCCUACUGCAAUACCAAAUCUGUUCCAUGACUGUAAACAGGAAACCAUAGAGCUAUUUGUUUUAUGUUUAAUAAGCAAAGACCCUAAAUAUAUACAUGCUGUCAAAUCACUAGCAGACUGCUUUUUAAACAUAGUUGUAAGCAAAGAGGCCGUACACCAAAAGUUUUGGAGAUUAUUAUUCAAAGUUGAUGAUAGGUAUUUAAUUGAAAUGUGUAUGGAAAAUCCUGAUAUUUUUAUGUACAUUGUGGAAGCUUUAGCAGACUGUGGGAAACUAGUCCGGGAAGGAAUGUCCUCGGAAUCAUUUUAUAUUAACCUGAAUCAGUAUGAACUGUGUAGUGUUGUCCAACGUUUGUGUAAACAUGACGCCUUAAAGUCACAGUUUUUUAACUUAGUCAAGGAUUAUGAUAGUGACAUAAUGUUUUGGGAAAAUAUGUUGUUAAGUUAAUACAUUAGUUUCUAAUUUUUUUUUAUUAUAUUUUUAUAAGAUCCUUGA